UGUACCCGAUGAUGAGCCCAUGAUUCUGACAAGUACAUGUUCCGUUUCAUGCAGAUAAAGUUCAGCAUUCAUCUCAUCCUGUCUCCUAUCAUUAAACACAACGCAGACACAAACUAUACGACGGAUGAAGACACAGAACUGGGUUAUGAUUAUUUGGACCGAGCUGAAGUUCAGCACGGUUACAUAUGGACGCUCCCCACGAUUGCCAGUCGACAUGCUGUUCAGUUUGACAUCAGAACAAGGAGACAGCAAUCACCAUGACUACAUAGAAAAGUGGAAACAGGGCAUGGAAGAAGCAUAUGAGAUAACCAGAGAAAACACUCACAAAACAGCCAUGAGAAGCAAAAGGCAUUACGACAGUAAGGUGAAAAGCUCAGUAUUACAGCCAGGUGAUCGUGUUUUGGUCAGGAACAUGACGCCUCGAGGAGGUCCAGGCAAGCUGAGGAACCACUGGGAGGAUACAGUUCACACAGUUGUCCGUCAGAUUGAGAUAGAAGUGAGACCACAAACAAGAAAAAAAGCUGUAGAGACAAGUGAGGAGGUUGAACAGUCAGAGGAAGAGGAUGACGAUGAUGAAUACUAUCCAGUGUCACCUCAACAGCCAUCCCAGCCACGCCAUCAUCAGAUGCUGAAUCCUGUGAGUGCUGAUGGGCCAGCUGAGCACCUCCAAGCAAAGGAGAUAGUGUCUGGGACAGAGAGGCAGCAGGGAGCAGUGGACCAGUGUGAGGACUUUACUGGCCAGGAGGGAAGUUGUGCUGGGGAAACAGAAGUGGAAGAUCUUGUCCCUUCACCUGCCCCAAGUGAAUGCAGCAGGACUAGUGAGCAAGAGCCUCAGCGACCGAGCAGACAGCGUAAGCCACCAAAGAUCUUCACCUAUGAUCGGCUUGGCUCACCAGCUUGUUAUAACAUGAGAACACUACCACAGCAUUCACACUCUAUGGUGCCGUGGACACGCACUUCGGAGGUAUACUACCGCUACCGCUGAUGGACAGAGAAAGAAACUGUGAUCACAUACAAAACACGCUACUGAACUGAGUUAAUGCACAUACAUCUCACUCAAGUCAGAGCAAAUGGACUGUUUAACACAGAAUUCACAUUCAAAUGGACUGUUGAACAUAAAGCAGAUUCAUACAUUAUGCCUUCAGCUUAACACAUAUCCAAAGCACACCACAUGGCCACAGUCACUUAAAUGGACUUUUAUCAAUUGAGAGUGUUGCUGCUUUAGACAUGCUGCACUAACAGGACUUUGUCACAUGUCACCUGCAGACUGUUACCUGUGUCUAACUGAAUGGACACUGUAAUUCAUGCAG